CUCUCUCUCCUCUCCAUGCUCCAUUGACGUUUCCAGACUUCAAAAGCAAAAAAACAAAAAUGGCUUCCAACAAGGUGACCAUCCUCUGCAUCUUAGCCAUCCUUCUUAUCAUCUCCUCCACUCUCACCAAUGCCAUCCGGCCGGAUCCGGCCUCCGGCAGUGUUACUCCGGCGAAGAUCAGAGAAUGGGGUUUUGAUGAAGCAGAGAAGGCUGAGGUGGAAGAUAGCUGUGAAGGAGGAGAAGAAGAGUGCUUGAUGAGAAGAACACUUGCAGCUCAUAUUGAUUAUAUCUAUACCCAGAAAAUCAAGCCAUGAAAAUUUAUAUAUUAAAGUCUGAUUUAAUUAAUUAGUUUUUUUUUAUGUUAUUAUAAUUUUUGUAUUUUUUGUUUGAUAUUUAGUAUUUUAUGUAUAUAAAUAGAGCAGCCACAACUUUCUUUAUUAA